AGAAAAAAUCCAUCCUGCGCACAUAACAACACCGCGGAUUAUUCACACUUUUGUUGAUAUUUUGUAUAAAUCACUAUCAAAAUUGGGUUUUGAAUGGCUUCAGCGACUCCACAGGGAGCAAACCUGCUCUAUGGAUUAAGGAAAUCCGAAAAAUUCACUAAAGGCCUCGGAGCUCUUCUGCCUCAGGCAUAUCGGAAGUUUUGGAACGAAUGGAAACACCAACAGCCCGCGGCAGUGCAUUACGUUCCCAAGGAUGGAAUGUUCCAACGCGAAGAUGUUACCGGGCUCGUGACACCCAUCCAGAACGUGCCGAUACCAAUGAUUAAUCCACUCGAAGCGCACGAAGGCAUCUGGGGUGGUGAAGCGGUCAUCAAGGGUUUCCAGAAGCGUAACCAAUACAAACGCCGCGUGCCACACUUCUGGGUUCCUGUGUUGCGUCGAUCGGUGGUGCAUAGUCGUGUGUUGAAUGAGUACAUGGCCGUCACGGUGACGGAUAGAACGUUGGCUCAAAUACACGAUCAUCACGGGUUUGAUCACUAUCUGCUAAAAACGCCCGCUUGUGAUCUGCGCUCGAUGUUGGCAAUUAAGCUGAAGAAGAAAAUCCUCGAAGAACUCGCCACUGGCUGUCCCAGGCUAGCGUCUGAACCGACCAAACAGCAAGAAUAUGUGAAAGAGUUUGCCUGCUACUUGGAGCAGUACACGCCAGAAGAGAUCGAAUGGUACGGACUGACUUAUAACGAGGCACUAGCAAAGAUGAAGAUCCUCACCGAAGACAGAGACGCACAACUGCCGCAGAAAAUCCUUUUCCGACAGAAACUGAUCGAACAGUUAAGAGAAGCCGGCAUCCGAGAGGCACAGGACGGAGAAAGCGGAGAUAGUGAGGAGCUGAAAGGAAUCAAGGAUUCCACCUCAUCCUCAUGGCUGUCGAAGCUCAGCUUUAAGCCGAAAAACUGGUAAACGUUACGAGGAUUACGGCACCACUCUGCACAUAAAGACAGUUGUGUUUACGUGUGUGCGUUUGUGUAAAAACCAGGGAUUUGGUGAAUGGAAUUGAAUUGACGUGAAUCCUUUAGUCUCACUACCUGCAUUGCAAGUCAGGAAGUAAAUAAAACGACAAAAAAGCCUGUUAAUAGUG